UCACAGCCUGCCAGGAAGUUGCCUCGAAAUUGUGACAGAUCCGAAAGAAAUGAAAUCAUAUGUCUUUUUAAAUGAUGACAGAGGAAAGUUGCAUGGGGGUAUCCUGGAGGAGGAGUUCUUUGUGACCAAACAAGUAACGGAUUUUCCCUUAUAAAAAAGGAAAUUGAGUCCACGACCGCUCAAUGAACAGCUUUAUUCGGAGACCCCGCUUUACAGGAGGUCCUGGUAUAAGCAGAUGUGGUGUCACACAUAGUCAAGAACCUGCAUCCGUUUUAUUUCAAUCUGCAAGCCUGUAUUUAAGUGCUUCCUGAGAACAAGACACAUGCUUGUGAGCUCAGGCACUCACUGAGAGGUUCCCUGCUUCCCUGCGAGCUCACCCCAAGCUUCAUGGGUUGAACCACCCACAGGUUCGAACAAUCUCCUCUCCAGUCUUUCCUCCACUUCGUCCUCCGUGCAACCCUUCAACCCCCCCUCUCCGUCCUAUAACCCUGCACCAUCUACUCCCUUUUGCCAGUACUACCACCAGCAUGAUGGCUUCUUGCGCCUCAGGCUUGUUUGGACUUGCAACCGCAGCAUCACCCUCCACUACACAGACUCACAGACGCAGCAGCCACUAGAGUGAAAGAGACAGAGAGACAGGGGGGGAGGAAAGGGAGAGACAGACAGGGAAAGACAGUAGCGACACAAGCGAGAGGUGGGACCGUCUCUCCCAGCAGCAGAGGGAUCCACCUGUCCCAGAGAGGAAGGGGGGCCCCCCCACCUGUUCCAUCUGGUCGCAGGGGGGGACCCUGCGUGGCCAGGAAGCCAACAGGGACUAUGCAGCUGGGACUGGUGGCACUGGCAAUGGUCUUCCUCGGCUCCAUGGGUCACAGCGAUGCUCUCAAGCUCUCCAAGGCGAGAAGGCAGAGACGGGUUAGUACUGAGGGGCCACCAUCUUGCCCCAAAGGCUGUGAACGAUGCUCUGAGUAUAACGGCUGCGUUAAAUGUAGGCCGAAGCUCUUCAUCUUCCUGGAGCGCAAUGACAUCCGUCAGAUAGGCGUGUGCCUCGCCUCCUGCCCCGUGGGAUACUUUGGCAUGAGGAACCCAGAAGGCAACAACAGAUGCACCCAAUGUAAAAUAGACAAUUGUGAAGCGUGUUUCAAUCGCAAUUUUUGCACAAAAUGUAAGGAGGGCUUGUAUUCACACAGUGGGCGAUGUUAUGUCAGCUGCCCUCCAGGCCAGCGCACCGCCAAUGAUACCAUGGAGUGUGUCGGUCAGCCUCCUGCAGCGUGCGAACUGGGCGACUGGAGCCAAUGGGGUUCCUGUAUGAAGAAGAACAAAACAUGUGGAUUUAAGAAAGGCUCGCAGUCUCGGGAACGCGUGCCCAUUCUGCAGAUCCACAGCCCAGACACCUCCCCAGCCUUUGUACCCUCACAGACCUGUGCUCCACAGACAGAGAGGAGGAAGUGCAUUGUGUCCAAGACGCCGUGUGUGCGAGACAGGAAGAGUAAGGCGGACCGACAAGAUGAUACAAACAGGAGAGAGAGGGAGAAUGCACGCGGGCGAGGACGAGAUGGCAAAGAUGGCAGUAGAGAAGGAGGAGGAGGAGGAGGAGGAGGAGGAGGAGGAGGAGGAGGUGGUGGUGGUGGUGGUGGUGGAGGAGGGGGAGGAGGUGGUGGUGGAGGGGGGAGGAGGCGAAAAGGGCAGAGCAGGACCACCACCGCUCCCAGCAUCAUCACAACCAGCUCUGUCAGCUAAACUCCAUCGCCUGCUGGAUGGGGGUGAGAGAAAAAACUGAGACAAUGCCUCAUCCAGCAGCACCGUCCAUAGACAAAGAUCAAACUGAUGAAGGAAUGGAUUAAUGCUGCUAUGCAUUGUAGAAGAUGCAAAGAGAACUGGAGAAUUGCUGCAACACAAAAGGCUUCACUGAGCUUUUUGAAUAGAUGAACAUAUCUGGAAGAUACUGGUGUCUUAGUGUUGUUGAGAAAGACUUAAUGAUUUUCACUCCAUGGUGGGGGAUCUCUGUCGGACUGCAAAGCCACGUUGAAGAUUGCGGUUCGACGUGGUUUCGUGUCAUAAACGAAACCUAUGUCACAUCUUGAACUAAGAACAGAUUCCUGUGCAGCAUUCAAGCUGGAAGUCUGAUAAGGAAUGAAGGGUCUCUUUCGUCUCCUCUGGUCUAUGAUGUAUUAUGUUCCAGUCCGAUUUCAAUCACAAUCUGUUCUUCAUUUAUUUUUAUGUUUGUGAGAAGUAGCAGAUGGAUUUUCUCAACAGCCGCUGUACGUGAUGUAAAGACAGUGAAUAGUAUUAAGUCUUUGUACCUUUAUUUCCUAAUGUGAGAUGAAACAAAAAAGAAAGGCACUGGAAAUCAUUUUGUGGUUGUUGAGGACAAAAGUUCUUCUAUACAGUGUAUUAUUUCAAGGAUGAAAUCUGUAACAAAAGAAGCCUAAGAGAAGAUUUAGGAGAAUUACUGGCUCAUUUUUCCUCUUGACACAAACUUUUUGCCAUUUGAUAGCUUAGUUGUUUGUUCCGAAUUAAAUGUUGCUGUUUGUAUCAGAAAAUAACUAAACGAGGAAUAAAAACACAAAUAUUUGCAUGUGUACAAGGUUGCAUGCGCGUGCCUUUGAGCAUACAAACACAUGUGUGUCUGUGUGUGUGCGCGCGUUUGUCUCUACUUAAAGUCUGGGUGUUUGUACUUUGUAUGCAUAUCUGCACGAAAUCAAGUUGUUUGUCAACGGAACUUAGUCGUUUGUACAUGUGUGUUUACUUUCACACGUAUCUGUUAAUAUUGGUCUCAUAGGUUGAAGAAAUAAGUUCUGGGAAACACAAGGAAGGAAAUGUAUACGCACAGUAAUAUAUCAAAUAUGCAGUAACUACAAGCCACUGAUUAUCAUAUAAGCCAUCAAAUCAUCAGCUGCUCAGUAAUCAUGUCUGUUUGCAACAGGGUCUGAAGAUUUUGCACAACUAUGUUUCCUACUGCUCAAGUUUCAGAACAAUCAUAGCAUUUUUACACAUUUGUACUCCAAAAGCUUCAUGACAUUAUAGACACAGAGAAAAGUUGUUGUUGUUUUUUUCAAUGGGCCUGUUUGCUUUACACAAGAUAUUAGUUUCAGGAGAAGUUACACGCUACAUUAUUCAUUCAUACUAUGGAUUGUGAUACUGAAUAUUUCAAACUGUGUUUAUCAUUAAAGUAUU